AUGACUGUCGAGCCUUCUAUCGAUGCGUCGUUAUUGGCUGCUGCUGCUGACAGCAGCAGCAGCAGCAGCAGAAUGGACGUGGACGGGGAUCCUUCGGGCAGCAGCAGCAGCAGCAAUUCAGCAGCAGCAGCAGCAGCAGCAGCAGCAGAUGAGGACGAGGACGACCCCAUAGUGGAGGUCUUGGACGUGUACCUGCGGCGGCUGGACGACGUGCUGGAAAGCAGCAGCAGCAGCAGCAGCAGCAGCAGCAGCAGCAGCAGCAGCAGCAAGAUGUUCGUGCUGCAGUACCCGCUGCGGCCGCAGGGGCGGCCCUACGGAGACCAGGGGCAGCUGCAGCAAAUGGCCUAUCGGCAGCAGCAGCAGCAGCUGCAGCUGCGGUAUGCUUUGCAUGCAGAAGGCCCGAACUUUGACCCGAACCACCCAGUAGCUGCUGCUGCUGCUGCUGCUGCUGCUGCAGCAGGCGGGGGCGCUGCAGCAGCAGCAGCAGCAGCAGCAGCAGCGCAGCACGUCCUCAAAAGCAAAGUCGUCAAAGGCACUUCUUGCAGCUAUGCUGUUGGACUUGUGAAAGAAAAAAAGUUAUUUAUAAUUCCAGUUCACAGUUUGCUGCAGUUCAAGCCGGACUUUGCUGCUUUCGAGGCGCUGCAGCAGCAGCAGCAGCUCAGCAGCAGCAGCAGACGCGCCGCCCACCACGCAGACGCAGCAGCAGCAGCAGCAGCGGGAGAGCAGCAGCAGCAGCAGCAGCAGCAGCAGCUUGUGCAGCCCCUGGGAGAAACCCGCGCCCGCAUUUCCCACAGCAAACAAAGAGAUAUAGAAGAGAGCGAACCCUGGCUGCCCAUCGACGCAUUUUACGAUGCGGAUUCUCCUGAGGCAUAUGACUUAAUAAACUCUUUUGUAGACAACUAUGAGGCUGCUGCAGCAGAGGACGGGCUUGGGAUGAGCGUCUUCGGGGUAUCUGCGCAGCAGCAGCAGGAGCGGAAGCAGCAGCAGCAGCAGCAGCAGCAAAAGCAGCAGCAGCUGAAGCAAGAUGUAGUUUUUCUUUCGGAUUUGUCUUCUUACUUUGCAACAAUUUGCCAGCAGCAGCCUGGCAGCAACGACGCAGCAGCAGCAGCAGCAGCAGCAGGACCUCUCAGCUACGCUUCCCUGCGGCGGCUGCCUCUAGAGCAGCAGGUGUCUCGGAUAAUGGGGCAGCUGCAGCUGGCUUCGCAUGCAACGGUGAAGCGGCUGCUUGCUGCUGCUGCUGAGGAGCAGCAGCUGCUGCAGCUGCUGCUGCAGCAGUGCUAUUUAGUUAAUGGCAAUUGGUGCUACAAAAGCAGCUUGGCUUGUGCUGCUGCUUACGAGGCUGCAUGCAGAGAUUUGCUGCUGUGUCUGCUGGUCAGGGACAGCCAGCAGCAGCAGCAGCAGCAGCAGCAGCAGCAGCAGCAGCAGCAGGGCCGAGCGGGAGUCGCCAAGGAGGCCUUCAGAGCUGCCACCAAACUGCCCCCAGAAACUGCAGACAAACUGCUCAACCAGGUGGCGGUGUGCGUGUCUUCCUCGUGGCAGCUGAAGCUGCAGCACGACGAGGGUUUUGCUGCUGCUCAUCCGAAACUUGCUGCUUACUUUGCUGCUUUUUGGAGCCGCAGAUUAAAAGAAGUUGUGAAGGAAAUUCAAAUCAAAAGAGACUCUCAGGACGCAGCAGGCGCUGCUGCUUCUUCUGCAGAAGUGCAGCAAAUGGGAAAAGAAGUGCAGCAGCUGCUGACGGACUUUGGGGGUUUAUCUUUUGAACAAAUAAAAAAGAAAUUAAAAGAAAAGAGAGACUGGCUGACUGACGAGCAGCUUAAUGGGGUUUUGGUGAACAACGCCAUGCACGUCAACGGCAUUUGGGUUUUGAACUCCCUGGGAAACCCUCAAAUAGAUGCUGUUCGUUCUUCCCUCAUUAAAGUCUUCAGCAGUCCCAAUCCGCCCAACACCAAAAACAAGAUUUUGGAGGCUGUGGAAGCAGACAUGCAGAGAAGAGUCGCUUUGCCAGACUUCACUCUCCGCAAACUCCUCAGGGAGUUUGCAAAGAAUGAAAAUGGCCUUUGGAACUUCAAGGGAAGCAAAAGCACCGAAGAGAAAAAUGAUUUAUCUGAACUUGCUGCCGAAGCAGCAGUUCUUAUGGCUGCAGCAGUGGCAGCUAUUGCCAAUACGGCUGUCAAUUCAGCAGCAGCAGCAGCAGCAGCUGCUGCUGCUGCUGCUGCUGCAGCAGCCAUGCUUGUGCAGCAGCGCCACUUCGCUGCUGUGGUGUCGGCAGCAAACUCCAGGGUCUCUGCUGCUGCAGCAGCAGCAGCAGCAGCAGCUGCUGCUGCUGCUGAAUCAAGAUUUGCGUCGGGCUUCCAUCGCCGCUUUGCUACAAACUGCAGCAGCAGCAGCAGCAGCAGCAGCAGCAGCAGCAGCAACAGUGGCAGCAGCAGCAGCACGAACAAGGCCACUUGUGCGUGUGGGCUGCAGCCUGCUGCUCCUGCUGCUGCUGCUGCUGCUGCUGCUGCUGCUGGCUUCUGCGGGUUUAGGGGCAGCGGCGUGAAGUGGGGGGAAAUGGAAUUCCUCAGCAGCAGAAGCAGCAAACCGGGGGGGCAGAGCAGCAACAGCAGCAGCAGCAAAGUGCAGCUGCGGCUGGAAAUAAGGAAGCAGACUUGGCUGUGUCUGCUGCUGCAGCAGCUGCUGCUGCAGCAGCAGAAGCACGCCGUCACAGCAGCAGGGGUGCUGCUGCUGCACUGCCAAGCCACCUCGUCGCAGCAGCAGAACAAAGCCAGGGUCAAGCAGCAGCUGCUGCUGCUGCUGCAGCAGCUGCUGCAGCAGCAGCAGCAGAAGCAGCAGCACAUCCCUCUCGAGGAAAGAAAAACCAUUCAAGAAAAAAGAGAAAGAAGAAAUAAACUCUUCGAAGAAAAAAGGAGAAACGCUUACCACAGAAAAUGGUUCUAA